GUCCAACUCCAUCGGUUCCGGCGCAUCCAUCCCGCUAUCACGAGCCUCACCUCCCGAACCGCAUUCCUCCUUGAUCGAGCUUCAGCCUCGCCCAUCUCCACGAUGCUCUCCUUUAUCCUCAUCCAGAACCGACAGGGCAAGACCCGUCUAGCCAAGUGGUACGCCCCUUUCAGCGACGAGCAAAAGAUCAAGCUCAAGGGCGAGGUGCACCGCCUCGUGGCGCCGCGCGACCAAAAGUACCAGUCCAACUUUGUCGAGUUCCGCAACAACAAGAUCGUCUACCGCCGCUACGCCGGCCUCUUCUUCUGCGCCUGCGUCGACACAAACGACAACGAGCUCGCCUACCUCGAGGCCAUCCACUUCUUCGUCGAGGUCCUCGACGCCUUCUUCGGCAACGUCUGCGAGCUCGACCUCGUCUUCAACUUUUACAAGGUCUACGCUAUCCUCGACGAGGUGUUUUUGGCUGGCGAGAUUGAGGAGACGAGCAAACAGGUUGUGCUCACGCGGUUGGAGCAUCUGGACAAGCUAGAAUAA